AUGGUUUAAAAUAUUUUAAAUGUUGAUUGUGGUGAUCGAUCCAUCGACUUAAUUAACGGAAUUAUGGUUGAAAAGCUUUUAAAUCUAUUUAAUCAAAACCAUUUUUCUAUCAAAGUAGAUUAAUGCACAGAUUCAUAAUUUGUAUUCAAUUAUGCAAGGUUAAAAUCCAUUAUUGAAAAUAUGUCAAGUUUUGAUUCUAAUCUUUAAGUGAUCACUCCUUUAAAAAUAGUAGAAGGCAAGGAUGAAAAUGAGUUAAACAAAUUUGUUUAUAAUAUCAUCAUGGUAUUUUCACUCCAUAAAUAAAGUUAAGAUAAUCUAUGAUUGGGAUAAAGCUAAAGAAGCACUUACCUAUUUAAGGAAUGAUUAGAUACAAUAUGUCCUUGAUUUCUUCGGCAAAGAAGAUUUCAAUUAUCAAUAACAAUAAUUGUAUAAGUAAUUAAUUGAGUAUGGGACAAUUAAUAAUAAAUAAGAAAACUAAAUCAAAUCACUUGAAUAUACAAUUUCACUUUUUAGAAGCAAAUAUCACAAAUUAUAAAAUUUAACAAAAGAGCUUAAAUGAAGAAAACAAUUCUUUGAAAGAAUGUUAGUAUUUGAUUAUUAUACUUUUAGAAAUUGAAUAAUUUAAAAUGAAUGAAUUCGGAUUAAAUUGUAAUUUGACGAUAAAUUAUUUAAAAUAAGAAUGUUUAAAUUUGUAAAUGAAUAUCACUAAUUUAGAAAAAAGAAAUGAAUUGUAUAAUACAUUAAAUAUAUCUAGACAAUAAUAAUAAAUUGAAAUCUUUAUUUAGUAUGAAUAAAAAUCUAAAGAUUUGGAAUAAGAAUCAUAAAACUAAUCAAAUAAAAAAAUCCUUAUUGAUGAAUUGUAGGAAAAGAAUUAGAUUCUAAAAGAAUAAGUGAAAGGUUAUGGUUAAUAUUCAAAGAUGCAAAAAGAAAAUAUAAAUUUAAGCAAUUAUAAUACUUAGUGUGAAUAAGAAAUAGCCAGAUUAGAAGAUACAAUUACACAAUUAGAAUAAUAAAUCAAGAAUUAGUUUUAAUUGAAAAUAUACACUUAAGAGACUCCAAAAAUUCCAAAACCAAAAGUAAACUGUUUAUCGGAAUAAAAAUAAAAAAAGUAAUGUUCUUCUGAUGAUAAACUUUAAAGAUAGAAUGAUAUGCUAAGAUAGAUUAUUUCUAAAUUUGUAAUUUAAUAAUAAUCUACUUAGUUUUUAAUAAAUAAAUGUUAAAGAGGAAAAUCUUUAAAUAGUUGA